AUGGUGAGCUUCAGGCAUGAGCCGGGUCCCGCACCUCAGCAGCCCGCUCAGCGUUACAACGUGGACUGCGGUGCAAUACACGACAUGGACCCUGUGGAAGUGGGGAGAGCUUUGGUGCUGAGAAAGAAAGUUGAGGUGGAAAGUGACGAAAGUCUGCAUUAUCUCACCGCAGACUGCAGCGCGUUCCUUGAGGAAUUUGUGGAGUACAUGCAAACUUCUGAUGUGGUCAAAGAUUUCCUGGCGUGGUCCGAGGACACCUACUCCCCAGACGAAUUCUUCUGGGCAACUCUUGUGCGUAUACCCGGGGUCCCAGGGGAGGUUCCCAGGUCAGAGCCAGAUAUCACUGAUCUGAUGAGUAAGACGAGGCUGGUCAAGUGGUCAUACCUGGAGGAGAGCCUGUACCCACCCUGCACUGGUCAACACAGACGCAGUGUUUGCAUCUAUGGUGUGGGGGAAUUGCAUUGGCUUCUCAACUACGGCCACUGGUUUGCGAACAAGUUUGACCCUGCAGUGGACCUUGUUAUCAUUCAGUGCCUUGAGGAGAAUCUACAGAAAAAGCAAACGUUCCUUCAGUCUCUUGUAUCGUCUGUGUGCUAA